AAAUUAUAAUCAAUUAAUAAACAAACAAAUCAAUAAAUUAAAAAAUAAUCAAUCAAAUAAAUAAAUCAAUCAGUCAAAUAAUUCAUCAAAAUUCAAUCAAUAAUCUCAAAAUUAUUAAUAAUUAAAUAAAUAAAAAUGACUUUCGGUGCCUUUGAUCAAACUAAAGACUAAAUUAUGCAAGAUGUCUUAUAUAUAUUAGACAACAUUAGAAAGGAUAGAUCUUUCUUAAACAAGCACUUCUAGAAUUCAAUCAACAAUUACUUCUUAGAAGACUAUGCUGGAUACUUCUUAAAGGAAUACUUAAAUAUGCCUAGAGCAAAGGAUAUUACUAAAUACGUUUAAAAUAAAUAUAUGGAUUUAAAGGGAACUAAAUACAUGAAACUCAUGUAUGGUUACAUCCAAGAAUUAAAGGAAGCUAAUCAAAUCAAUCAAUUUAUGAAUUUACUUUUAGCUAAUAUGCAAUCAGAAUCAUAUGACAAUGAUAAAACCUCUAAAGAAUGGUAAAGCAAUGUCUGGAAGAGAGCAUUCUCUCUUUUUGUUCAUCAUUUCUGCCUUUAGGAAUAUGACCAACUCAAGGGUAUUUUUGAAAUUUGGAACUCACUCUUCCCUCGCAGCAAGAUUCUUAGAAAGAGAUAAGAAAAUGUUAAUCACAGACCCAAAGAAUUCUAAGAAUAGGAAAUUGAUAAUGUUAGAAUUACAAAGAAUCAAAACAAAAAUUCUCAAUAAAAGUAAAUUACUCCUGCAUAAGAAUAGGCCAUCUUCAAUCUCAACCAAAGCUUCUUCGGUAAUGAUUUCAAGAAUGGUAUGUUCUUCCCUAACUAAAAAUCUGAAUACCACAUUAAGUAAUAAUACGAUUACUACGUUGUCCCUUAACAAUAACAACAAUAAAAUUAAUAAUAACAAUACAAUUAAUACAACACAUAAUAUUCUAACUAAAACCAAUAAAAACAAAUUGACAAUUAAAUCUUCGAAGAUCAAAUGGAUAUUAACUUCGAUUAACCUUAAUAAGAAGAUAAUAUUAAUGAUUUCUUCACUAAUAUUCCUGAAGAUUUAGUAUAAAAAGCUGAAGAUACCUCAAGCCCCAUCAGCUCUGCUCCCUAAACCAUGAAUAACUUUAAUGAAAAUUAAUAUGAUUAAAUAAUUGAAUAACAACAAUUAUAAUAAUAACAAUAACUUUAGUAAUAAUAAUUACCUUCCCUUUCAAGAAACAACUCAUUCAAAUUCCUAUAAUAAUAAAUAAAUUAUAACAAUUAAAUUUCUUAAUAAAUAGGUGAUAACUAAUUUAACUUAUUCUAAAAUAAUGACGAAACUUAUUAAUAAAACAAUCAAUAUAUCUACAGCUUUAAUAAUUAAGAAAAUUCAUAUGUUGACUAUAAUUCCUAUUACUACAAUUCUAAUUUCUAACAAAACUACGCUUGA